AUGUCUCCCUUUUACCUAGUUUGGAAACUUUAUAUCUUGCUGUAUCUUCAGGCUCCAACUCCAAGGAAGUCUAUAAAUGGUGGUGGUGGGGCUGAGGGUUUGCUGGUGUUGAAUAGGUCCCUUGUUGUUGUUGCUUCUGCUGCUGUGGUUUCUGGGUUCCUUGCUAGUGAUAGUGAUAAUAAUGAUGAUGACGUUGAUGCUUCACUGACUGUGACUCCAGAUGCUUGCUUGCUACUGAAAGCAGUGAAGGUGGUGGUGUUGGUGGUACCAUCAUCUUUCACCAUGCUACUCUGCUUCUUCUUCAGACUGGGACUCCAUUGGCCCUCCUGA